UCACCGGGGCUAUGUCUUCGUGCGAACAUGCCAAUGACCUUCGUACUCGCUUUUGGGAAGACCACGAGGUAAAGACACUUUUGGACUUGUGGAGUAACGGUAAAGUUCAACAAGAAUUAGACGGUACGAAACGCAACAGUCGCGUGUUUGCUUGGUUAUCCGACGAACUGUGUCGCCACGGGAUUCUUAGAACCGCUAGCCAGGUUAGAGACAAACUUAAGUGUUUAAAACGUGAAUAUCGAAUCAGCAGCGAUAAAAUGAAACAAUGUGGAGAGCACGAACGAUUUAAAUGCAAGUAUUUCGAUGAACUAGAUGAUAUUUUAUCUGGAAGAAAAACGAGUACUUCGACACUUCCGGAAAUUACUGUAUGCGAAACUAUAAAGCCAAAUGAAAUCAAGAAAGAAAUCGAACCACAGCCGGAGAUUAUAGUAGAACCAUCUGAUGAGAUGGAAGUUCAAGAACCUGUAUCGAAUGUCCAAGAGGAGGUACGACAAGAGCAAGAGAAACCAGCGGAGGAGAAAGUAAAAUUGUCUAAAGGUAAACGAAGCGUUAAUCGUAUAGAAAGAACACUAACUGCACUUUUAAAUCAUCAACGACAAAUCGAAGAACGUUUCCUAAAAUUAGAGGAAAAGAAACUGUUGCAAGAGCGUGAGUUGAUGGAAAUGAAGUUAUGUAAGGGAGAGGAAGCUUGCGAGAGAUGGUAUCAGAUGAAAUUACAAUUGAAAGAAAAACAGUGGAACCACGAACGUCAAAUAAUGUCCAUGGUAGUUGAGGCGGUUACUAAGAGAGUGGCUCCGACUAGUGGUGAUAAAAGAAGUGAAAUUGCUACUCAGACGGAUAGCCAAAUGGAAUUUUAAAUUUUAACAGGAGUAAGUGUUCGUUAUUCACGUUUUAAAUCAUUUUCAAAUGUUUUUUAAAUGUUAAACGUAUAUUCGUGUACAUAUACUUGUUAUAUUGUUUUUUUUAUUAAGAAUAUAAAAUACAUUUUUAUAAAUUGAUUUCGAUCAACUUUUUCUAUACAGUAUUAUAAAAUGAAGUAUUUAAUAACGGGAGUUAUCAUGAUAAUAUGAAUAAACCUUUAUUGUUAAUUACAUAAGAUUUAUAACGUGUAAAUUUAAAAUUAGUGAAUAUAUUUCAGAUAUAUUCACUAAUUUUAAAUAAAUAUAUUUAUUUAAAAUAUUUAUGAUAAUAGAUAUAACAGAAUUUUAUUAUUAAUUUAGUGUGGAAAUUGUCCCUGAAUUUUCAUUCACUAAAAUUUAUUAUCGAUCCACUUCUAGUACAGAAUUUUCAUAAAGGGAAAAACGAACCAUUAUUUCUAUUUCUGUCUAAAGUGGCAAACAAAGAGGAUUACAGGUACAAACAACUAAUUUAACUAGAAUAAAGGGGAAAAUUAAGAUUCCAAUUGUGUACAAAUAAAAUCGCCUACAGGUAUAACGGUCAUCACAGAAUGAUAAAAUAGUAUUCCUAGAUAAUAUUGGAACUUUUUCAGAGAAACGAGGCUCACGUGAUAAAGGAACAAACGAACACAAGGUCUUUGUUAAUACAGUAGAUUCG